CGCUACUGCACCUUCAUCUGCGGUGACUCCCAGCCGCUGGACAGAAUGUGCGUAGAGAGAGGGCUGUGCUGCUGAUGCAAAGGCUUGCUACCGCCAGGCCAGGGGCUGUGGCCUCCACAUCAGGAAGUCCUGGAGGGAAAGUCAGGGACAUCACGGCCCCUUCCCGUGGGACAGCGGCAAAGAGGCAGGCCUGUUGGGUCCUGUCCCCCUUCUGAGGGCACCGCCAUCCUCACACCAGAACUUCCCUUCCUCUCCUCACCGGGGCCUCAUUCCUUCCUCGCAGCCCACCCCCAUCCAUGUGGGUGGGUGUACUCAGCGUCUAAACCCCUCUGUCUGCAGCCCAGCCAGACUGCCUACCCCUCCCUGGGCGGAGGCAGGCGGGGCCCCUGAUAUCUCUCUCCACAGAGGUUCCCGCUGGCCACCACCCCCAGGAUGGCUUCCGCCUCCGGCCCCCCUGCUUUCAGGCUGGAGACCUAUGAUGGAGGCCGGGAAGAUGGAGCUGAUGUGGACACAGGACAGCGGGGCCUUGGGGAUGUGCUGCCUCCCAUGGAGUCACCCUAUGUGGGCGAGGACCAGAACUUCUCCCCUCAGAUCAAAGUGAACCUUAACUACCGAAAGGGAGCAGGUGCCAGCCAGCUGGACCUAAACCGCUUUGACCGUGACCGGCUCUUCAGCGCGGCUGCCCGGGGUGUCCCCCAGGACCUGGCGGGGCUACUGGAGUACCUGCGCGCUACCAGCAAGUACCUCACCGACUCGGAGUACACAGAGGGCUCCACCGGGAAGACGUGCCUGAUGAAGGCCGUGCUGAACCUUCGGGAUGGAGCCAAUGCCUGCAUCCUGCCGCUGCUGCAGAUCGACCGGGACUCGGGCAACCCCAGGCCUCUGGUCAACGCCCAGUGCACAGAUGAGUACUACCGAGGCCACAGCGCCCUGCACAUCGCCAUCGAGAAGAGGAGCCUGCAGUGCGUGCGGCUCCUGGUGGAGAACGGUGCCGACGUGCAUGCCCGGGCCUGCGGCCGCUUCUUCCAGAAGAAAAGCCAAGGCACUUGUUUUUAUUUUGGUGAGCUGCCCCUCUCGCUGGCGGCAUGCACCAAUCAGUGGGAUGUGGUGGCCUACCUCCUGGAGAACCAGCACCAGCCUGCCAGCCUGCAGGCUGCCGACUCACUGGGCAACACGGUCCUGCACGCGCUGGUGAUGAUCGCAGACAACUCGGCUGAGAACAGCGCUCUGGUGACCCACAUGUACGACAGGCUCCUCCAGGCUGGGGCCAGCCUCUGCCCCUCGCUGCAGCUCGAGGACAUCCCCAACCUGCAGGGCCUUACACCCCUGAAGCUGGCUGCCCAGGAGGGCAAAAUGGAGAUUUUCAGACACAUCCUGCAGCGAGAGUUCUCGGGACCGUACCAGUGCCUUUCCCGGAAGUUCACUGAGUGGUGCUACGGGCCGGUCCGGGUGUCACUGUAUGACCUGGCCUCUGUGGACAGCUGGGAGGAGAACUCGGUGCUGGAGAUCAUCACCUUUCACUGCCGGAGCCCGCACCGACACCAAAUGGUGGUUUUGGAGCCGCUGAACAAACUGCUGCAGGCGAAAUGGGACCUGCUCAUGCCCAGGUUCUUCUUCAACUUCCUGUGUUUCUUGAUCUACAUGCUCAUCUUCACCGCUGUUGUCUACUGCGAGCCUGCCCUGGAAAAGGCCUUCCUCCCCAUGAAAGGGACAGUGAGAAACUCCCUGCAGCUACUGGGCCACAUCCUGAUCCUGCUUGGGGGCGGCUACCUCCUCCUGGGCCAGCUGUGGUACUUCUGGAGGCGUCGUCUGUUCAUCUGGAUCUCGUUCUUGGACAGCUACUUCGAACUGCUCUUCCUGGUCCAGGCCCUGCUCACGGUGCUGUCUCAGGUGCUGCAUUUCCUGGCUAUUGAGUGGUACCUGCCUCUGCUUGUGUCCUCGCUGGUGCUGGGCUGGCUGAACCUGCUUUACUAUACACGCGGCUUCCAGUACACAGGCAUCUACAGCGUCAUGAUCCAGAAGUGUGUCCUUUGUCCCCAGAAAGCCAUCUCUGUCCUGGAGAUGGAGAAUGGCUACUGGUGGUGCAGGAGGAAGAAGCAGCCGGCAGGGGUGAAGCUGAGGGUUGGCACCAGGCCAGAUGGUAGCCCGGAUGAGCGUUGGUGCUUCAGGUCGGAGGAAGUGAACUGGGCUGCCUGGGAGCAGACGCUGCCCACAGUGCGCGAGGAGCCUGCGGGGCCAGGCGACCCCGGCACCAGGAAGAGCCCUGCCCCAGCCGCCCGCCCCGGGAAGGACGGUGCCCUGGAGGAAGACCACCUGCCCCUCCAGCCCCUAAAGUCCCACUGACGGACGGCCAGCGCAGCAGGAGGCCGGCAGGACGGCGCCAAGGAACUUUCCUAGGGAACAAAUCUCAGUAUUUUCUCAGGACUAACCCUA